ACGGAGAAGUUGGUGGGCGGGGAAUCAGUGAAGCAUUUCUUUUCCACCGCCCUGAGGGGCGAUCCGGCGCGGUGCGGGCAGGUCGCAGCUUAGACUUCACUGCCUAUUUUCUAGACCUCUUAAUUCUGCCUUAUGCAAUGUUUAGGGGCUUAUUUCUCAGUUAGUCCUUGUAACUAAUGCCCGGUUAUGACGUGCAAUUGGUGGUACAUCAUCUUCGCCAGGAUUAUAAAUUACCCAGCUUGCCUCCACUUCCGGAUGAACGGAAAACCCAGUGAUUUGAGCUAAGUGCCCACAGGGGACUGUCCUUGGUUUAUGUGCCCGUGAAGCGCUGCUCAAGUUCUUUUCACAUCUUCUCUUGUUGUAGAAACUGUGCUUAAGUUUUGAAAAAUGAAGCAGUUGAAAAGAAAAAGGAAAAGCAAUUUUAGUGUCCAAGAAACUCAGACUCUUUUGAAAGAAAUUACCAAAAGGAAAGAAGUCAUUUUUUCCAAGCAGCUCAAUACAACAAUAAACGUGAUGAAGCGGAUGGCUUGGGAGGAGAUCGCGCAGUGCGUGAACGCUGUCGGGGAGGGAGAGCAGAGGACGGGGACAGAGGUGAAAAGAAGGUACCUUGACUGGCGAGCGCUCAUGAAGAGGAAGAGGAUGAAGGCGAACAUUAAGCUGGUUGGCUCAGGAUUUCCCCUGCCCACGUCUGACUUAGACGAUUCCCUCACUGAAGAGAUAGAUGAAAAGAUUGGGUUCCGAAAUGAUGCAAAUUUUGACUGGCAGAACGUGACAGAUUUCAGGGAUGCAGGUGGAUCCUUAACAGAGGUCAAAGUGGAAGAGGAAGAGAGGGAUCCCCAGAGUCCUGAGUUUGAGAUAGAGGAAGAAGAAGAAAUGUUGUCGUCUGUCAUACCGGAUUCCAGGAGGGAAACCGAGCUGCCCGAUUUCCCCCACAUUGAUGAGUUUUUCACCCUAAAUGCAACACCCUCUCGAUCUGCCUACGAUGAGCCCCACCUGCUUGUAAACAUAGAGAAACAGAAGCUAGAGCUGGAAAAGCGACGGCUGGACAUCGAGGCCGAGAGGCUGCAGGUGGAGAAGGAGCGCCUGCAGAUAGAGAAGGAGAGGCUGCGGCACUUAGACCUGGAGCACGAGCGGCUGCAGCUGGAGAAGGAGCGGCUCCAGAUUGAGAGAGAAAAGCUGAGGCUGCAGAUCGUCAGCUCCGAGAAGCCGUCCCUGGAGAGUGACCUUGGCCCAGGAGAGAAGUCCUUACUGCAGCCACAGGACAUAGAAACGGAGAAGCUCAAACUCGAGCGAGAACGCUUGCAGCUGGAGAAAGACAGGCUGCAGUUUUUGAAGUUCGAAUCUGAGAAGCUGCAGAUCGAAAAGGAACGCUUACAAGUAGAAAAAGAGAGACUUCGAAUUCAGAAAGAGGGACACUUGCAGUGACUUUUUACUUUGGGUCUCUAGUGAAUGUUUAUAUAGACUAGGUUUUUCUCAUAGCAGAUGACGUAAAGGUAGUUGCUGGACUAGCAGUGUCGUUUUCCUAAUGUCUGUUUUCAGUAGAUGAAGGUAGUUACAUGUGAGUAGCUGUGUGCUUAAGUAGUAUAUUGUAUAAAAGCUCUGUGCCCUGAUAUAAACAGUAGCAGAAUUACUGUGCUAGACGCUUCACAUUAGUAAUACUAUAUAGUCUUGUAUGAUCCGUGUACCCAGUGUUUACAGUUAUGUCUGUAAAAAAUUCUAGUCCAGUGGUUCUCAAUUUGGGUGAUUUGGGCCCCGGGAAGACGUUUGACAGUGUCCGGAGACAUUUUUGGUUUUCAGAACUAAAGUGGGGAGGCAGAUGGCUCCUGGCCUGUAAUAUGUAGAGGUGCAGUGCGGAAGUCCCCCCUCCGCACAGUUGAGAGUCAGCCAGCCCAAAAUGUCAUUAGGAUCAAGUUUGAGGAAGCCCAUCCUAGUCUAACUAGUGCACCUCUCUAACUAUAUGGUAUAGUUUUAGAAUAUUAAAACCUCACAUACUUAAGUGGGUAGAUAAUUAAAUGGCCAAAAACUUUUAACUAUGAAAUAUUACUGUGUAGUAUGUUGAAUGUAGGAAAUGAUGAAAAUUAUAGGUAUUUUAUUCCCGUUUCCGUUUACAAAUGGCCUGAUAGAAAAUAACACAGGGCACACCUGAAAUUAUUUAAAUUUGCUUUCACCUGUCGAUGCUUUGGGAGCAACAACUUUGAAGCUUUAGUUCCCUUUCUCUCCGAAUCUUAGUUUGAACACGAAAAUGAUUUCAAUCCUGUACUGAAAUCUUCUGUAAGAGAAUGAUGGAAGGUAGCGGAAAUAGUACCAGUAUAAACAUGGUACCAGUAGCCCCUAAGCGAGAGCCCAGUGAGUCGUUGGUUGACCUUUAAAAUAUAAAAGAAUAGCAGUCUGGGGGUGGGAAGUAGGGGAGAACGGACCCUUCUAGCACAUAACAAUGAUGAUGUUGAGACAAGGGUAAUAGCUGUGUUGUGGGCGGGAGAAGCACCCCCCACACGGUAUUUGACCUAAUCUGUACAACAGUCCUGCGUGUCGUGUCUAUUUCUGAGUCUGAAGCUUCAAGUCACAGUGAGUACAUUGCUGAUCUUUCAUAUUGCAGCGUAUUUUGUCUUUGCUCUUCUCUGAGGAACGAAGUUUGUAUCUUCAGGCCUUCUGGUAUUUUGGGGCUAAGGGCAGGCUUACCCUGCAGUGCGGCCUGUGUCCUGAAGGUGCUUCUUGCCGCGGUCCAGGUGAUUCUAAUGUACAUUAAAGUUGGAAAUGGCUGCACGAGUUCACUUUGUGUUUCCUGAUUUCCAGGGCUGAUACGUAGCUUUAAUCCAUCUCCUACUGAUGUACUACCUGGAUUCUCUCUGUGUUUCUUGUUAAUUUAAGAAUGGGUUAAAAUCAUUUUGACAUUUGAGUAUGAGUAUGCAAGAGAAAAAUAUACUUUUGCUUACUUACCCUGAUUUUGAAAUAGUGUUAUUUUUCUAUAACUAUAAUAAAUGCUUCUGCCGUAGAAAUAAAUUUGCCUAUACCAUC